UUGAAAAGGAAACACGUGGUUGCAGUGCUCCUUAGGCAACGAUUUCCCGCCUUUGUGUUGUUUACCUCUGCAACCUUCACCCCUCUAUUUUGCCGUAAUAGACUACUCCAGAGUAAACAUACUUUUAGAUUUAUCCAUGUUAUUAGUUCACUUAUGAUAUCGCAUCAAAUUUUAUUUGUUACUCCUCGAAGUUUCCUGUGUAUUGCUAAUUUUAUGCCUAAAAUAAGUGAACUUAUUUGGUAUCUCUUAAUUUCAUGGUCCUCUGAUGAUUUUGCCGCCUGUUCAUGACGGCCAUGUUUAUAAAGAUAAAAGGGUUGGGUCUUGGGUGUGUUCUUUCUACGGUGAAAACAUGGUUGUGGUGAUGUUAUGUACAAUAUAGCUAGCACAAGUCUUUGGAUAUGUUCGUUUAUUACAUGAUUUCGGGAUUAGUGAUAAUUAUUUGAAAUUGUGCUAUGUGUUGAAUUGUAAUUUUGAGUGAUAUCUGAUUAUAAACAAUAUUUUAUUGGUGGCAUUUAUUGUCGGCCAUGUGCACCAUUUUCGAUUUGGACACGACCUCAUCCCCCUCUCCUAAGGCACACCAAUCAUACAAACCCGGGAAAAUCCUACGAUUUGUACUAGCCAAUGACGAGCGCAGAAUUUCAAAUUUCAGGCAGUCUUUGUCCGGGGCCAACAGACAUUCUACGGUUUUCCAUAGGAGAAUGGGAGGUUGUGUGUAGUUCGGUUUGUGCAGGAAAUUGUUAAAUAUACAUGGUGGAAAGUGAAGGUAUUGUACCAAGACGUCAGAUAAUUUAUCUAGGUGCAUAUACGGAGCCAGUGGAAUCUCAAGAUGGAUCUUUACCUAAGCACACAGGACACUCUGUCAUUACAGGAAAUGUUGGAUUGUGAUAUAAAAACAGAAAUAGAGAGUGUGUUAGGAGGCGCAGAUUUAAGUCUGUCACUUAGUGAAUUACCACCUCUUGAUUUAGAUGAAGCUUUAGGUGGACCUGGUGACAUGCAUAUGUGGUUCACAAGCAAUGGCUGCCUUCACAGUGGAAACAGCAAUUCUUCAAAUUCAAAUUUUAACUUGGAUUUUGUAGGUAGUGACGCUGCAGCAAUGAUGGUGAACCCAAGCAGUGUAAUGCCAAUGACUUUGGUUACAGUUCCGCCAACAACUGCAUUUACAAAUAUUUAUAACAGUUCAAGUUCAAAUUUAUUAAUCACGUCGUCAUCCUCUGCAUCAUCUUUGUCACCUGUUGAAGAACAGAAAUCACUUUCAUCUUCAGAUGCCUCAUCACGAGCUGAAAAUACAACUAAUUCAGUAAGAACUCUAACAACAACAGCUUCAUCUAGUAGCUCGUCAACUCAGUCUCGUCAACAGGCAUCUACUACAAUAAGGAUAACAAAUCCAUCAAUAUCAUCACAAUCAAGUCAUGUGAGCACCUCGAAUAGUAGUGGACUUUCCUCGUCAUUGAUCAAAACCGUCCCAGUAAUAAGCAGUAGUACAAAAACAUCCCAGCAAAAACAUUUAACCCAUAUUCAAGUGAGCAAUGUAAGAACUGUGUCUGUUUCUCAGCAUCAAAGCAGCCACAAGAGACAACCACAUUUAAACAAUAAUACAAAACAUUUUGCUGCUGAUGUAGAUUAUGACGAGAGACCGUAUCCAAAGCCUGCAUACUCCUAUUCCUGUCUUAUUGCAAUGGCUUUAAAGAACAGCAAGACAGGAAGUUUGCCAGUCUCAGAAAUAUAUAAUUUCAUGUGUGAACAUUUCCCAUACUUCAAGACAGCUCCAAAUGGGUGGAAAAACUCAGUGCGGCAUAAUUUGAGUCUGAAUAAAUGUUUUGAGAAGAUAGAGAAGCCAGCAGGUAAUGGAAGCCAACGCAAGGGCUGCUUGUGGGCAAUGAACCCAGCUAAAAUUGCCAAAAUGGAUGAGGAGGUUCAGAAAUGGUCCAAGAAAGAUCCAGUGGCUAUUAGAAAAGCUAUGAUAUGUCCAGAAAACCUGGAAAUGUUAGAGAGAGGAGAGAUGAAGCGUGAAUUUUCGGGUCUGUCAAGCAUGAGUGGUGGAUGUGGUACAAGUCUCUCAGGUGGUGAGGAAAGUGAUGAUGAAUUGGGUGGUAGUGCACCCCCCACACCACUAACUCCGCUCUCUGCCUCUCAGCAACAUGUGUCUGAAUUUAUUGACAUCAACCAGCUCAGUGGAGGUGGCGGAACAGACUCGUUUGAUGAAUCAAGUCUUACAGGAUUUGAUAUUGAGGUAGCUGAUGGAAUUUAUGAAGAAUUAGAUUCACAUGAUGAAAAACUAAAUCUUGGUAUUACUCUGACACCAGCCAUGCCUAGUGACCUGAUAACAUCUUACAGUAGUAUUUCUCUCCCAGUUACUUCGUCAUCUUCCAAGUUAAUAAAACAGGAGGACAGCACUUCGGAAGAAAAUGUUGAGGUUACUAAACGAAGUAGAUUAAACGGCAGCACAAUACAGGGGAAUUAUGUGUACAAACCAAUGGUAGCAGCAGCAACAGUGAGUGGUACUGGCAGUGUUGCAGGUUCAAGAAGAAAAGCACCGUUACUUCUUCGAGCUUCACCAUCUGCUUCAUCUUUAAUCAAACUUGAAGAUCCAUAAAGAUUAUGUAAUUUCUUUUUAUGACAGUGCAAUGUCAUCUUAGCAUUGUCCAUUUGUCUCCUUUAUGCUUCUGAAACAUUGGCUCCUGUCAUGCUUGAAAUGUUGUACCUGAGAGAAAUUAGUAAUUAUGUUAUUAAGUUACUAUAAGCUGAAUCCCCACACCUUCCAUCAACAUAUUGUAGUUCUAGUAUAUGUGAACAGAACUUUGUUUAAUCUUCUUUCAUAGUGCUGUUAUUUGAGAGACUUCAGAGUGCAGCACCAGUUAGUGAACUGUAGGCAGUAUUACUAUUAACGUCUUGUGUACUAAUAAUGAGUCUCACUUGUGGAUGCUCCAGGAGUCUGGCAUGCAUGACAAAUCAUGCCUCUUUCGUAACUUAAAUAGAGAACCAGGGUCACAUUGAAUGACACUUAAUUUUUUCAUUGCUGAGUAAUUAGUAACCCUUUUGCUAACUUUUUGCAGUUUUCCUUAAAUAUGAAAAUAAAGAGAAAUACCGUGGAAAUUGGAGGAAAACAUACCCUCCUCGUAUGUUAUGAUACCAAUUUGGGAAUAUAACUCUCAUCAUAUAUUAUGAAAGUGAGUUGGGAAUGUUUGUGGAUGCCAUUUUUGGUAUCCCUAUUAUGGCCUAGGUCAGUUGAUGUCACUUAUAGCUGCACCAGUUACUAAACAAGUCCAGAAUGUUCAUGAUAGAUGGAAGUAUAUACCCAUUGAGUGUGAACAUGUUCAGAAACUAGUUUGUGUGAUCUGUACUAGAGUCCAUGCCCAUAAUGAUAUGGGCUCCGGAAGUAUGCCAUAUUGCAGGUGCCUAUAACAUGGCCUCCGCAGUGCAAAAGUUGAAGGGCGUGAGGAUUUAUAUGCACCACUUUGGAAGAAUGGGGGAGUAGACAUUCUGUGCUUCCUUGUAGAUAGAGCUCAGUACAAUACAGUUCAAGGCAAAUGAAAUGUAAUUCUGAAAAUGCUUCCUACUUAUGUAUUUUAACAUACUGCCACGUUUUUCACUUCAUGGUGUUUUUAUUGCUAUUUAAGUAUUCGGAAUCUCAUUUGUUUCCCUUGUGAGCCAAAGAUGUGUACAAAAUGUUGUAUUACAUUAAUGUUUUAAUUGACAGUGUGUUUAAUUUCAAACAUAAUUAUUAUUAUUAUUAUAAUGUAAAUGGAGACAAGUGGACAGUAUUUUAAGUUCAGUUUGACUGGUUGUGUUUGGAAAAGCAUGUGGCAUCAUGUAGUUUUUACCACCAUGCUUAUCUACUUAUGGCAGGCAGUUUUAAAAAGUGAUUUUGUUGUUUUGCGCAUUGUACUAGUAUUGUGGUAAAAUUGUUUUAAAGUGCCUUAGACAUAUUUUUGAUGAUGGGACCAAGAAAGUUGCUUGAAUGGGGGUACUUAUGUAUCUAAGUUGGACUUGUUGCUGCUUUUAUUCCAACCAUAUAAGAUUGAGUAAUGCCGAUUCAAAUAUGUUUUAUAUUGCAAUCAUUUUGCAAUGAUGAAAGUGGUGCAGGAAAGAACUGAAUAAUUGUAAAUAAGUUCUAUGUGAGUGUAAAUAACAGUUCCUCUCUGAGAAUCAGAACAGUUUUGUACAGUCUCCAAAAUAUGCCUGUAUUACUCAGAAUGAAAGGUCCUUAUGUCUGCCUAUGCUGCAGGAAAGAGACACAUUUGCAAAUAACAGGCCAGAAGCAUAAUGCUCCUUGUAUCAGACAGGAAUGAUAUGUAUGAACAGUUAUGAAUUUGCUUGUAAAGAUUUAAUGUUUUGGGUACUAUGAAUUGACACUGUUUUGUGUUGGGAGUCAGCUUCCAGUAAAGCUCACCGGUAACUACAGAGCUUUAGCUGCCCGUUAUGUAUGUGAUUGCGGUGAUAUCAAGAGUUUGGGUUUAUUUCAUUUAAUGUGUGAACAGAUGUUGA